AUGGAUUCACAUAAUGAAACUAAGUACAAAGAAUUAAAAAAGAAAUAUGCCAUUCUUAUGAAAGUACAUAUCAUUAUUUAUUGGAAUAGCAAUAUUAAAUGAUUUAAUAAGAAUAUGAAAAAGUAAAUGGUGAAUUAGCAGAAUCUAUCUAAGAGAAAAGGAUUCUCCAAAAUAGAAUUAAUGAAAUAUUAGGAAAGCAAAGUGAAGACAAUUGA